AGACAUGAGCAUCUGAAAUCAUAAUAAAAUAGUAUUUAACAACCAUGAAUAGAAUUUCUAAACUGUUAACGUGUUUAUCGGGUAUUGGUAAAAUUAAAACUAUGUAAUUACGUGUAAGGAUUGUAUAUGACGCCAAUUUAUGCUACAACACCGUACAAACAAGCAAUUGCGUUUGGCCAUAACUGAAAUUAUGGAAAGUUAAAAAUCAUUUCGUGGAAUGUAAACGGACUUAUACGAAAACUAAAUGACAUUGACUUUUUAGAAUAUAUUAAUCAAUAUGAUAUUAUCUUAUUAAGUGAAACUUGGACCAGCAAAAUUUAAACAUACAAAACUUUGAAAGCAGACAUAUUUAUGGACAUAAAUCUUAUGGAGUUAAAAAAGGCCGACAAGCCGGAGGAAUGUUUUCAACAGUGGCAUUUGCUGUCCUGGGAUCGAUACUCGUAACCCAUUGCCAUGCCGGUCUCAUUUUCACGCCUCACCCAUUGCAUGGAUUUCCGCCACGACCCUGUCCGCGACAUUUUGGUCUGUUCGGCCCGUUCCAUGGCCUUGGUGGGCAAAUGGUUUCACCAGGGGGCGGUUACCUUCCAGGUUAUGGCAAGAGUUUUCAAGACGUUAAUUCGUUUGGCAACACCGGACUGGGUUCCUACCAAUACUUCAACUACGACCAAAUCCAGAAUGGGAACGUCUAUCAAGGCGGACAGGGAUUUGGAAACGGCAAUUUGCAAAACUCGGCCUCCAACUGGUACCCUCGAGUUGAUUGGAAUCAACAAGACAACUGGCGAAACGCGGCCAACAACUGGUACCCUACAGGAAAUUGGAAUCAACAAAGCGGAAGUUCCCUUGGCAGCACAGCCAUUCAGACGCUACCGCAGAACAGACCGGGUUCAAUUGUGCAGUGGGAUUGGAACGAACCAGAUUUUCAUCCAAUCCGGACACAUUGAUUGUUUAGAUGCUGAGACAAACAGCCGUUGAUUAUCGUUUAAUCGAGUUUCCUCUACGGUGAGCACACUCCCACCAAUUCAACGAAAUGCUGGGUUUUGAAUAAGAAUCGUUAACAUUGUACAUUUUUUUAAAUAAAUUAGAAACACGUGU